AUGAACGUGACGUCAGUAAUGUGUCGGCCUCGAAUUUGGUACCACAGCAUCAUCAAUUUCAGACUCUUCCAGCACGUCGAAAAAGAAAAGAAAGGCCAUAUAGGAAUCUCGGAUUUGGCAACCGACACGUGGAAUCUUCUGGCCCCAACGACUCUGCGUGCAUUGACUCUGUCUAGAGCGGAACGGCGAAGCUUUGCAGCUCGACUAUCCCCGGAGGAAACAGACCCAGCAUCCUUCGCCCGAACCUUCCAUUGUUCCGGCUCUGUACGAACAUUCCUUCUGUCGCGGGGCGAACGAACAGAGGGGAAGCUCUGA